UGCAAGGGCUGUCACCAUGUCUAAACUGACAAUUGCCUAUGACACAGACCAAUAGAGAAGACAGAUAAACAAACAUUAAAACAGAUUAUUUUGCGCAAAUCAAAGCGAUAUUCGUCCGCUGAAGCUCGUUAACACUCACACAGUCCAUAUGCUUUUCAAGGCAUGGCGGAGAAACAGGACAAUGAGGUGGAGGAGGCUGACCAAAUCUACUUAUUGAUGAAGGAGGAGUAUCGGAUUUCUAGGAAUGUGCGUCUGGCAUGGUUCCUUGGUAAGCUUAACCAAGUCAUCUGGCCAGCCUCAAAGCCUGAACUGCUGAACUCAGAGAAUGAAUUGGACUUGUUGAGCAUCUUACCGAAAGGAUGGCAGCCAGAUUUCUCUCCAACCAUGUACCCUUACAUGUUGGUGCCCUCCACUCGGGCCACCUUCCUGGCUCGGAGGUACAGAUUCAUCAUCGAGCUGGAUCUCAGCCCUUCCACAGGGAUUGUGGAUGACAGCACAGGAGAGAUGAUCUUUGAUGAAGUUUUUCAUGCCUUGUCAAGGUGCCUGGCUGGUCUGGCCCAACCAUUCACAAUCCCUGGAACUGAUCAGCUUUUCAAGCCAAAGAUCUUUAUCACCAUCUUGGCGUAUUCAUCAAUUAUCGGCCUCACUUCCCAUCAGGUUUUGGUACAGGGCUGUCAACUUGAAAGAACAGACCUCAGUGAGUUCUUGCAUCACAUCUAUCAGCAGCUCAGAGCUGUGGAGAGCAACAUUGCUGAAGUCCUUCAUCAGCAGCAUGAACAGUCUACGGAGCCAGUCCUAAACCCAAGCCUUCAUAGGAACAACAUGGACAAUCAGCCUCACAGGAAGCAGGGCAUUUCUAUGGUGUCAGCUGAUAUGGGUCUGCUCAGCAUGGUACGCCAGGGCAUCCUGGCCCUUCAGCUGCUGCCUCCAAACUCAAGUGCAGGUAUCAUUAUAAUUACAGAUGGAGUGACAAGUGUCCCUGAUGUAGCAGUGUGCGAAACCUUGCUGAACCAGCUCAGAAGUGGAACCAUUGCUUGCUCUUUUGUACAGGUUGGUGGUGCAUACUCCUAUGACUGCAGCUUUGGAUAUAUCCCUAAUGUAGAGCUGAUGAAGUUCAUCUCAUUAGCUACCUUUGGCUCAUACCUGCCCAGCUGCCCUGAAGUUGACCUGCCCAGCCAAGAUAUGAAUGCCUACCACAAGGCCUUCUUAACCUACUCCUUCCUCAAGACCCCAGAGUCAAUGAAUUCAGAGUACUACUGUGUUUCCCAGCACAAACUGUUUAAUGAGCAUCUGGUGUCAGCCAGUGGUAACCCCGCCCUGGUCAUGAGGAGGAAGAAGCACACAGAGAAGGAAGUCCAUGCUCAUUUAAUCAGUGUAGUGUCUGUGCGACUGAGAGAGGGCUACACCAUCAGAGAAAUCAGCCUCACCAAAGGUGGAACUCAAUUGGAGGUGAAACUGGUGCUGUUAUGGAAACACAACAUGCAUAUCGAGUACCUGGCAGCAGCUUCCUGGCCACUGGACCCCACCAAGAGAACCACAAAGGUGGAGGUGACGAUGGAGGGAAGCUAUGACAUUCUACAUGACAUCAGCUGCACCCAGAGGAAACCCAUCACCAGCCCGUACCGGACCUCUGUCAUCCGCCGCUUUUGGAACACACUGCAGAGCAUCAACCAGACUGAUCAGAUGUUGGUGCACCUCCAGGCAUUCAACUCAGUUCCUGAGAACUUCAUGAUUCCUGAAAGCACCAAAAAUGGAGUUCCUCUGUUCUACAUCCCCCCUGGCUCUACUACUCCGGUUCUGUCCCUGCAGCACAGUGGAUCCAAAGACUCCCCUCAGUCCAAGUUUGCUUCCUACUGGAAACCCAUCCUCUCCAUGGAUGCCAACUUCUGGCAGAGAUGGCUCCAUAUGCAUCGCAUCACCAUCAUCCUUGAACAUGACAUGCCUGUCCCCAAGCACCUGCACACAGCUGGAAAUAACGGACGUUACAGCACCAUUCAGUGUCGAAUCUCCCACUCUGCCCUCACAUCACUGUUAAAGGACUGGAGCAGCUUUGUGCUUGUGGAGGGUUACUCAUAUGUUAAACUCAUAUACAGUUCAUCUGACCAUCCUCCCACGUCUUUCUACCUGGUCCGGCUGAUCUCUAAGACACCUUGCAUGGUGCUUCGUCUGGGCUUUCCAAUUGGUACACCUGCCCAUGUCCGAAACAAGAUUGCCGAUGAGCUUCGAGAACAGAUCCUCAAACUUCGCUUUCCUCACCGUGUUCAAAACAAAGAGGCCACCCCCAAGACCAAAAGGAAUCAAUCUCCAUCUAAAUCUUCCAUCCCUGCUCCCAAACCUGCGCUGUCAGACAGACCCUGUGUGGUAGUCUUGAACAAGCCCCUGGAGAAGCUUCUCAUAAGGUAUGAGAAGCUGCCGGUAGACUUUAAGACCCCCUUCAUUUUAAACAUGGAGAACUUCCAGCCUUCCAGCAGUGCUGUGCCACUAAGCAUGGCAGCCAACCGAACAGCCUCCUCUACCCUGGCCUCUCUGUCCCGUUACUUCUUGCACCAGCGCUGGGUGUGGGCCGUGCAGAGCAGCCAAGGAUCGGCUGUGGCAAUGCAAGCUGUUGCUCACAUCCUGUCGAUGCUCUCUGACAUCCGUAUAUCGGAAGGCUUCCACUUUGCUGCCAGUGGAGAGGGCAUCGUAAACAUGGUGAUCGAGCUGCCAAUGAAGGGGAUGUCAGGAGACACGAACAAAGAGAGUCACUCUUGUAUUGUUCAGUACAUCCUGUUUCCACCCCACUCUGCUUCAACAAAGGACAGCUUCUCCACCGAUGAUGAUAAUGACACAGAGGUGGAGGCUGUAGACAUGGACACAGAACUGAGCCUGGUGACAGAGUGCUGGGUAGAACCUCAGAGUGGCGCGGUGAUGAACUGCAUGGACCAGCAUCGCCACUUCCAGGGCCUCAGUUACCAGGAGAUCCCUCAAGCAAUUUUCCCAAGGGAUCUGACUUGUAUAUCCACCAUGAUGACCUUUGAGUAUUUGAGACUAUUGUGUCAGAAUAAGGACCAGAUCUGCUCACUACCAGUUGGACUCAAGGAUGUGAGAGGAGGAGCUGUGGCCUCUGAGGACAAUGUUCACAUGAUUCCUUUUCAGUUUGACCUUAUUCAGCUGCUUCCAAAAUGCCAGCAGGUUGAACUCCUCUUCCACACAUUCAGUACAGUGAUGGAGAACACAAAGCAGAAUCACAGCUCCCCCUGUCUGCCAAACGAGCUCCUGCUCAGCCUCUUCCACAGCAGGCUGGAGCAUGAGCUCAAUGACAGAGAGAUCCUGUUGGCUGACAGUGAUCAUGUCGCCUUCAUGCACCACAUCUUAGAGCGAGAACGAAACGGCCAAUCCGCUCCAUUUUCCUUUCCUAUUAUCAAAGGGGAGUGUGUAAAGACUCCAGACAGACAGGACACUAUGACAUCAUUUCACACCACUGGCAGCAGCAAAGAGGUGAUGGGAUCUACCAGCACUUUACAGAGUUUCAGUAAUGCAGACCUUGUGGAUGAUGAACCCUUGCUGUUGGAUAGCAGCUGCUCUGUGCCACAGUGGAGGUGCUACGCCAAGUAUAUCAGCCCUCAGCAGAUCCUCCUCACUUUCCUCCCUGUUUCUUUCACAGAUGUUUUGAUGUUGAUGGCUACAGGGCUAGAGACAGAGCCUCAGAGUAACAUCAGCAUGCAGGAUGAUGACACUUUGAUGACUCCCAGCAACAAAUCUCAGGUUGACACUCUAUCUGGUUCCAUCAGUGGGCUGGAGAGGUCUGAGUGCGGCCUCAGUUUGGCCAGUGGACAUUUUUCCGCCAGAUCCCCUGUGCUCUCACCUCAGUCCGAAGGCCAGACAUGGCCUACUGACUCACUGAUGCUGGACCAAGACAGCUGGGACCAUAGGGUAACAGAGAUAGAGAAUGGGACCCCAAACUCAGAUGUGGGAGAAAAAGAGGUCCAGUUCUCUGAACCACAGAAAGCAGAUUUCAGCUUUGACAGACAUGGUUCCCAGCAGAGCACCAGUUAUAGCAGCCAGUUAAAGUGUCCAGUCUAUGUCUACAACUGCUCUCUGGAGCACCUAAAGGACCACCUGUUACACACCAACUUCACUCGCCAGCCCAGAGACAUCUUCAGGUCACUGUCUCAGGACCGCAGCAUUCCAUCCCUUUGGACAGACCUCCUGGCUCAGCCGCACAAACAAAAGGAGCUGGCGAACUACUGCAGCCUGUUGCAUGAGUAUUACCACCAGAGCUAUGUCAAAGGUGUGUACAGCAGUCUGCAGCAGUCCUACAGCAUCAGCUCUCAGGAUGUCCUGACAGCCAUGGACUACUGUGAAGAAUCCCUGCAGGAGAUCGACGUCACCACCUUUCUACAUACCCUCUGUGGACACAUUAGGGUCUUCCGUGAACAUGGCGGGGCUCCAGGAUGGGGAGGGAAUCCAAAACUUUCAAAGACAACUGCCAACUUUAUCAUUGGUGAUGUUGAGGAGCAACCAGAUGACAGGGCUGCCAUGGCGUUCUUGUCAAGGAAUCUUGAAAUGGUGGUUGCCAGUGGAGCUGAUUGUGUCGGGAAGUUGUCUGGUCCAUCUCCGUUGAUUAUGCAUGAAUCCAAGACUACGAAGAUCCCAGAGUUCCCACUGACACUGCUUCAGACACAGCCCAAGUGUGAAGUGUACCCUGAUCUUCACAAAAUAAUACAGGAUAAAUUCAUGGAGAUUGUGUCUCAGUAUUUCAAAACUGUGCCAUCCAAUCCACACUACUUCUUCUACUGCCCACCUUCAUCAAAGAAAGAGGAGGACUCAGAGGAUGAUGAGAUAGAGAGUAGACCCGGUGAGGAGUUGGUGUCAGAAGCUGAGCUGGCGACAGAGGACGAAAAUAUACCAGGAUGCUUUGCCACAGAGAGUGACACAGAUUUGGUGGUGGAGUAUGAGCUUCAUCCAGGAACAAGCUCCUGCGGAGAGAGUGAAGAUCAGUCCCUGUCAGACUCCAACACUGUCAAUCAGGACCAGGACUCCUUCAGCAUCCUGGAGGGAGACUAUCUGCUCCAGCCUGAGGGGCCACAGCUGGACAUGCCACCACUGUUUCUUCAUAUCACAUGUUCUGUUAAUAUGAAAAGCUGCCAUGGCUCUAUGCCCAUACAGACACUGCCUACCUGCCUUGGUGAGAUUAUUUCUUGCCUGGAGAAUGCUGAGGAUUUACAGUCUGUGGAUUUGAAUGAGCUCUCCGUCACUUUGGAUAUUUUUGUCCUGACAUUACCUCUGGAGAUAGAUGUUAUGGCUGAUUUCCAUCACAACAGGUACACCUCAGAAAGCAGUGUGUCCCUGAAUCGUUCACCAGGACAGCCCUCCUCUUAUCGCUCUGAUGAGGAGCUGAUGGCAGUGUUGGACAGUCUCAGGGGUUCUGAAAUUGAUGGUUUUUCUACCAACAGGGUCUCUGGUGAUCCUUUAUCCAAACUCCCAGGUGCUCACAAGUUAGCAAUUCUGGCCACAAUGGAUCAGAUCCAUUGGCUACUGGAGGAUGAGAUUGUUUCUGCUCUGCGUCACACACGGGUCAUCAGCUCGGCCACGCUACAGAAAGUAGCGGAACAUGUUUUGCGCUCCAGUGGCCGACCACACUGUCAAUGUGAAGAUGUCCCACUUCAGUUUGUCUUUGGGCCUGAGCAGUCCCUGGAAAAAUUCAAAGAGGAGUUCCAUAGAAUGUCAUUCUCUGGCUAUGUCCUGAAUGGACAACAGGACAACUUCUACUACAUGUCCCUAAGCAGACUUCACCCACAGAGGAUCCAUGCUACCAGGAGGCUCUCAGAGAAAACUGCAGACCCCCCAUCACACAGUGCUGGAGCACAGAUGGAGGACAUGAUGCUGGGGAGUGAAACAGAGGCUCUGGCAGCAGAGGCAGACAGCGAGAGUGAAGACAAUAAAACUGUCAGUGUUACUACUGACAAUCCCAGUGACACAACUGCUGACGCUUGUGAGCCAAUCAAAGCCUUGAACCUUGAAGAAGAUCAUACCGCUUAUCAGAGCUCGGUUAGUAUGGUUGGAGGCCGAGGGUCGCCCAGUGCCCCCCAGCUCCAAGCUUAUUACUGUACAGAGCAGACUUCACCCCCCAAGAUGCCAUCAAGUGUCAACUUGGCUGAGUCCAUGCAGUCAGCCUCUCAUAGCUGCGGCAAACUCAGGCCGAGUCGAGUCCAGAGUGUCGUCUCAAGCCAGGGCAGUAUGGACUCAGAUAUGCAAGGUUAUGAUGGCGGAAGCAGUGACUCUGAGUGUGAGAGCCCCACCCCGGAUGAACUGGAGUUUCAGUCACCACUGAUGCCAGACUUCUGGCUGAUUGUUAAGAUCCACCAGGACAGAGUUAAGGUCUACUCCCACUCCAGGUGCUUCACAGAAGGAAAAGAGGUCAGUGCUGACGAAUUGGACAAGAAGGAGGAAGAGCAGGAUCUGCCCGAAUGCCUACAAUUGCAUCAAGUGGUGGUCAGGAAGAUUGGUGAAAUCUGCAGAAUAGUCAAUCAGCGUAUGCUGCUGCAGGACCUACACGACAGCCAUGUGUGUAACUCUCUGCUGGUUGCUGAAAGUGAGGAAGACAUCUGGAAGAAUGAAUCUCUCUACAGGCAGAGGCUCAACACUUCUGAUGAUUACAACACAGAGGAGAGCUUCCAGGCCAGAGACUACUUGGCAGCCACCAUGCAGUUCAUCCCUGGACAUUUUGCCUGUGAUGUGGUGUGGAGCACAAUCAUUCACAUUCAUCCACGUCUCAAGAUGGGGCCUAACAUUGGGGUGUCCAGGGCAAUCCAGGCCCUGCGGUCUGUGUUGAAUUCUUUCUGUGUGGUCAACAGGAAGAACAUGUUUGUCUACCAGGAGCGUUCAACCAAAUCAGUCUUCUACCUCAGACUUUGUGAAACGUCGCUAACCGGAAAGUACUCUGAUGUGGAUGGAAACCUCCACAUGACCCACUCCAUUGGGCUUUUCAGGAGUCAAGAGCCCUUGUUUUCCGAGGACUUCACGGGAUCCAGGUCUUCUGUUGAGGGAUCUCGGCUAGUUGGACAAGUAGACAAGCACAUUCUGCUUCUGGUGCAUGGAGUGGGAAAUGCAGGUCCAGAGAUCACAGACGAGCUGGUUAAGGUUCUGCGGAAGCGCCUGGACGAGACCACCUUGGACAUUAUCACUGUCAUGCUUGUCAGGAACUGCAAACUGACACCAGCUGAUGUGGAGUUCAUCCAGCCAUCAGGAUCUCCAGCCACUGAGGUGAUGAAGUUCAGCCUCCCCAAGUACUGUUUUCCUUGGAUGACAGCUGUGGCUCACUACCUCAGGCAGAACCUCCUCAUUUUCCUGCAUGUUCCCAAGUACACUGACAGCAAUACUGCACACCAGUUCAAGCACUGCUUUCAUUUGAGCAGUGAUGUGGUGGAUGGUGAUGUCUACCUCUACAACAAACCUGGAGGCCAAGGGACAGGAGGCAAAGGUAUUGCCUGCAUUGCCCUCUCAUUUGUGGAUGCCCAUGGUCAUCCCCUUCAGGGUUCAACUCAGGACUGCACUACAUUACAGAGAUCAGAAAACUGCAUCACCCCUCCUCACAUAGACCAUUUUGAUGAGCUGACCAGUGUGGUUAAAGUGGACUCCAUCUUUGUCAGCUCAGAGCCACAGCUUUAUGUGCGCUUUGACAUCUGGGAACAAGGCAACGUCAGCCCCUUACAGCUAAGUGAUAAACUGCAGGCGGCACUGCGCCAUGCUCUCUGUGAUGUCGUCAUGGAGCUGAGAAUCCUGCCACAUCCUCUGUGUGUGGAUAUGCUGUGCCUAGCAACCAAAACCCAGAAAGAAGAGACUAAAGGACCGUUGAUUCCCUUACCUGAGGUAAAAGAAGUAAAGGACAGCCCCAGGCAGCGCAGUGGCUCACGGGUCUUUAAAACCAGCCCUUCUCCCAUCACCUUAACCCAAGCCUUGGGGAGCACACCCAUUACAGGGACCAGCACACCUGAGUCCACCACCCCUACUGGCAAGAGCACCCGCCGGAGUUUCUGGGAUAUACUGAGUAAGCCAGACUCAUUGGAGCUCGGGAGCCCAAAGACAACUGAUGACAUAGUACAAGAAAAAGGAGAAGAAGGCCGAGCCGCUCGACGUAGACACAAGACAGAGACCAUAAAGCAGCAGUGGAGCCAGGAAAAGGCUAUGGAGCAGGAGCACACCCAGAGGCGGCAGGUGUCUCAUUUGGAGGAGGGAGAUCUAGGCACUCUUCACCCUGUCUACCAGGAUACGUGCCAAGCAUGGAUCACUUUCAUGGCGAAACUUGCCUGCCCCUCCAUUCAGCAGUGCACGGCUGAUAUCGCCUCACACUUCCUGCUGCCUUCUAUCUUAGCAGAGCUUGUCAGUUUGGUCAGUACUCUUGCCAGUGAUACGACUGUGAAGGUAUUUGAAAGGACAAGCUGCCCCCCAUCUGGAGACAUAUUCGUACCAUUUGCUCUUAUCCAGAACCUCAGCCAGCCUCCAGAUACCACAAGGAGUUUCAUUCUUGUUGGCCGCAACUUCAAUCAGUGGCAUUGUAGCACAGAGCAAGAAGACAGUUCAGAUGAGGAUAACACCCCAGUGCUAAAUAGGUUCACACCUCAUAAGGGCUUCCAGCGCUUCGAGGCUGUGGAGCAGAGUGAUUUAUUCAGUCCAAGCCAGACAGGGGCAGGACUGGCUCCCCGCCAAAGGCUCCUUUUCAUCAGCAUCCUGGAUAAAAAGGUGACUCUGUACAGCUAUAACUGGUCUGUGGACCUGGGUGCCUCCAUGAACCGAGAGUUGGUCCGCCUUGUUAAAUGGCAGAAUGCCAGGGGUCAUGUUGUCCAUUGCCUGCUUAACCAGAAGAUGGGCCUAUUCCAUCACUACUGCUUCUCUGAUGCACCCAUGCAUGAAAUGGAAUCCAAGCAGCAGGAUUCCGACCGUUUCCUCAGCCCCUCUGUGGAACCUGAUGCAUUGCUACGGAGUGCAGUUCCUCCUUUGCCUAGUAAAGAGCAGGGCAGGCUGGGUAGCGCUGGCCGAAGUCUUGCUCCACUCCACUUCCCCUCUGAGCUGCUCCCCUUUGAUGAAGCUCUGAGGGACAUCUGCACCAUUCGACCCUUGACAGAGGGGGAUGUGGUGACCAGACAUGGCGGCCAGCUCUUGGAGAUCAAAGCUGCUGAGAGGAGGGAACUGGAGAAACAGAUGAAGAUAGAGAACCUCUUUGUGACUUGGCAACAGAGGUCAGCGCAGUCUAACAUGCCCAUUUCAGGGGCAGAUUUGGAGACCCUGAAGCAGUCAUCAAGGCUGGUCCACUACUGUGCAACCCCUCUCCUCUUUGACCCUAUCUUCCGCAAGCAGAUUCAAGAGGAACAGAUUGUGCAGCCCCCGGUGAAGAAACGACAUCGCUCCAGUGACUCCACAGCAUCAGGUCGGGACCGCAGCUAUAGCACAGACUCAGCUGACAUGCUGCCAAGCCGACUCAAGGAAGAGCCCUGGCUGCUCGACAUUUGCAGCACCUUCCUCCAGCAGUAUGUCCAGUACUUGCAGAGCAUGGGCUUUAUUUUGGUCCAAGUCCGGCCUCAGUCUCCAGCUCGCAGCAUUGCCCGGGCCCGCGCUGCGAUGCUGAACUCUGUGUCACUGGAAGGGAGGAUGUCUUUUUCUUAUGUAAAGCAGAAGAGUGAGGACAGCCCUAAGACUACAGCAUCUGGCACCACUGCAUAUCACCUCCAGAGGGCAUUGCCAGGUGGGAUUGUGCUGAUGGAACUGGCUUUUCAGGGUUGUUACUUCUGUGUGAAGCAGUAUGCACUGGAGUGUUCCCGCAUUCCCAUGGGCCAGACAGUCAACUCCCAGGGCAGCAUCCUCAACAAACCUCGUUGCAAGCCGUUUCCAGAUGCCACCCCAGUAUCUGACUGUGCGCUCUCCAUGCUCUUCACCGAGGAGUGUGAUAAGGUGCGGGACCUGAUGCACGUUCACUCCUUCAGCUAUGAUUUCCAUCUGCGAGUCGUUCACCAGUACUUGGUUGGCUGCCACAUGACACUGCGCCAGGGCUACCAGCUCACCGACUUCCUGGAUGACUUCAUCUCCCAUCACCCAGACAUUCCCAAGUUUGGCCGCAACCAUGUCGUCCAAGGGAGCAUCUCCAUCUCUACUGGGAUGAUAACGGCUCACCAGCUCUACAACUACAUCACUGACCAUGCCAGCACCUAUGGAAUGAAGCCACUAAGGAUGUCCAAGACUGCAGUCACCAAUGACAACAAGAAAGGCACGCCUGACCUGCACGAGUAUGCUCUGGUGACACUGUGGAACAGUUCGGGCUCUUACAAAGAUCUUGAGGGCCUGCACCACCACGAUGAUUUUGACGUGUCCCUCGUGGUGUGCCAUAAUGCAGCUCCAUUUGAGGAGCAGUCAGAUGGGGAGCGGCAUUUGCUGAGGUUGCGGUUCUAUGUGAUCAUGACCAGUCAGAGAGAGCUCUUCCCCCACCUCACAGCUGACAUGCGCCGUUUCAAAAAGCUACCACAGAUCCAACGUGAUCCAGGAGAUGUGGGCGGUCGGCUCCCCCCAGAUCGAGCAGAUGCCUAUGGGUCACGUAGCCCCGAGCAGGACCAUUGGGAGGAAACAUCACCCGAUGUUCCAGCAACCUCAGCCCCCAGCGAUGGGAAUGAGUUUUAUCCUCUGGUGAGGGGUGGCCCAGAAGCUCAGGGGCUGCUCUACCCCUCCCCUUUGUUCCCUCUACUCAACAAUGAGGUUGCAUUAGCACGCAGACAGAUCCAGGCCAGCGUGGAGCAGGCCAUGGGUCACUGCCGCAGGGAUAACCUGUGGAGGAGACUGUUCCAUGGAGAGCACCUGGCUCUGGACAAACUGAAGCUGACCAAGCUGUCAUUCAGUGAACUGGAGGAGCUGCUCGCAGCUGUACAGAGCCGCUCGGUCGGAGAGAUUGACCCACAACUGGACUGUUUUCUGACCAUGAGUCCAGCCUGGUACCAGAGUCUGAUCAAAGUCCUGCUGAACCGCUUCCCUCAGAGCUGUAGACACUUCGACGACAAUGGCAUCCAGUACCUGGCUGUUCUGAACCAGAAGUUCACAGACUGCUUUGUUCUGGUCUUCUUGGACACCCAAGCAGGAAAAACAAGCCUAAAGGUUGUGUUUCGUGAGCCACUGCCAUCACAGCCACAAGCCAGCAGCAGCCCUCCUCCCCAGCUGGUGUCCAUGUAUCAUCACCUGGAGUCUGUCAUCAACACAGCUUGCUAUAACCUCUGGACAGGACUAUUAUAGAGUUGAUCAGUGCUGGAUCUGCUGGAGCCUAUGUCUAUGUGACCACAGUUAACUCAUUAAAUUGGGAAGCAACAGUAGUAUGAGAUUUGAGUAACAAUCUGAAACUCCAAGACAGUUAGUUAUCAGUUAGCUCACCUAGCCCUAAACAAGUCAGAAAAAACUAAAAGUCUCCUAACUGGUGUGUCAGACUUUAUUCUGUAGUGUUUUUGCUUUUAACUAUACAAUCAUGCAUGUAUGAUAACCACAUAAAAAAUGUCCUCAGAAUACAGGUGGAAUUAAACCCAUAUAGAAUGGCAGCAGUAUACAUGUGUCACCAUCUAGUGUUAGGUUAAUGUUAUGUUUAUGUAGGCGAGUAUGUAUAAUUUGUUAAGAAGCAAGUACAUCACAAGCAUUUGGGCAGUUUAAUGUUGUACUUUAUAAGGAUACUGUGUUAUUUUUCUCUGUACACAUAAACUAAACACACUAAAACUACCUGUACGGAAUUUCCCUGAGUGAGGCUAACAGCUAACAGGGUUUCCCACAAUGUCCUAAAUUAUAAAACACCUCUAACAUCUGAGGAAAUUACGUUUGUCAAACAAAAUACUAAGCUUCAACAGGGGGGGUUAGGCUUUACCCAAAAGCUUAUUGUGUUUGUUUUGUUAACUCAUACAACAAAAUAUAACGACUUCCAUCCAUUCAUUAUUCUACAGCUUUUCCUUUGAGGGUCACGGGGGUGGUGCCAAUCCCAGCAGACAUUGGGCUAAAGGGGGAGUACACCCUGGACAGGUUGUCAGUGUAUUGCAGGGCUAACAUAGACAACAUUUACUCACAUUUACACCUAUGGACAAUUAAGAGUCUCAAAUUAACCUAACCUUUAAACCUGCAUGUCUUAGGACUGAGGGAGGAAGCAGUAGUACCCGGAGAAAACCCACUGAGACACAAAAAAACAUGCAGAUUCCACACAGAAAGACCCCGGCUGAACUAGGAUUUUUAGGUGGGAACCGUCUUGCUGUGAGCAACAGGCUAACCGCCACCUUACUGCCCAUGACCACGAUUUGAGACUUGAAUAUUCACAAUGUACAGAUCAGCUGACUGUUAACAGUGUAAACUUCACACUAAAGAUGCACACAAUCUGAUCCAUCAGCAAGACCGCAUUCACAGUAAAAUACUUCUCCAGUACUACUGAAACAAGAGCUCUACAUGUAAGAGCUCAAACUGCACACAGCCAACCACAAUGACUGAUCUGGCCAAAAUGUUCCAAUUCUACAAUUGCUCAAUCGCAACCAGGCCGGUUACGAUCAGCCUUCAUCCAGCAAAGACCACAUAUAGAAUGAAAUGGUUAACUCUAUAACUCUCUCUAUUUUUCAACUACAUUGAUAAAGAGACAGUAUAUCAAUAUUCAGGUCAGCAAGCAACUGAUAAUGUAAUUUCAUUGCACAACCUGGGAAAAGUGGAGGUGAACAAAGUCUGGGUUCCUGUUUUCAGUUCCUCUGGUCAACAAAAUGCUUUGAGGUUGGUGACCUGCCUGGAGUAGUGUGCAUGACACAUACUCUGAUAAGGAGAAGUUCAGGUUUCCAGCAAUUUCGAUGACUCGUCCUGACACACAGCACCAUUUAGUCAUAAGAAACCAAUAACAAACACUGACUAUAAAACUGCACAAGUUUCAUAUUCGCAGUUUGAUUAAUAGGUCAGUUUUCUCUGAUCUUGUGCCUUCCGAUAACAUUUUGCUAUCUUUUCAUACCACAUCAGUGUUUUGUAUUUUAUAGUGACAGACAGCUGAGAUGUCAGCACAGAGUGGGAGGACUUAUAUGUUUAGAUUUCCAUCAUUGUCAGACUUGCUUCCCACUUACACCCCACGUAUCUGCAGCCUUGAAGUGCCUUUUGUUCCUUUUUGAAUUCUCCAACCUUUGAAGUGAUACUGUUGUCAUUCCAUCAGCUCUGCAUAUACAGCGUUUGGAAACAUAUCCUCCUGUUAUGCAUGAAAUUGCCUGAGUCACUUUUGAUAACUGUGACAAAAAUGGCCUUCCACAAGCAGGAAAAUGGAAAAUUUGCAUAAUAGCAUGCCACAUGUCGUCAUAACAGUGUACCAAAGAAUGUUCAGGGUGAUGAGUUUGACAUGUGGCUGGUAAUCAUACCUCAGUUUAGAAGAAGGCUUGAAGCCAGCCUCAUAUAAAAGUGUUGAAUCACAGCAAACAUAGGGACUUGAUAUCCACUGAAACACCCGUCAUGAAUUACAUAUUCAAGCCAUAUGCUUUUGCACAUUUUCGUUGCGAGGAAACUAUAGAGGUUUGAGCUUUAAGCUUAUAAAUUAAGAGAUUUUGAACAGAGCAGCACUCUCAGUAUUCUGUUUAAAUAUUUAACACUGGAUAUUAUGAUGCAAAUGUGAAUUGUAAUACGUAGCAUUGUGACGCUGUUAUAUAAACACUGGACAAACGUGAUUGGUCAAACUAGGGAGGGAAACCAUAAGACUUUAAAAAAUCUUGUCCCUCGCUUACAGAUUCAACAUAUUCACAUGCAGAAUCUGUUUAUAGAGAUUACGCCCUCUCCAACUGUAUAAUGUAUAUUAUGUAUGUACAGAACACUUCAUACAGUAUGUGAAAUGCUUGAUAAACCAGUAGGAUAAAUAAGUGUGAUGAAUCAUUUUUCCAUCUGUCACCUGUAGCUGAUUAAUAUGUCGACUGUAUAUCCAUUUUAUGUAAAAGUCUAAUUGCUAGGCAGGGUCAGGAGACCAACAGUAAUGAGCAUGUGAACUGGACGACACAAGACUGAAGCAAAGACUGCAUGUCUCAACUCAAGUUAGGGCUGCAAGAUUUAUUGAAAAAUUAUAACAAUUCAUGCCUCUAUUUCAUUUUUAUACAACAAUGAUUAUGCCAGUUACUAAGAACAUUGCAUCAAAGCAGACUGAUGUUCAGUACAUAUACAUAAUAAUUAACUAUAACAUAUUAGCAAAUUUCAAACUUUAGAUUUGAGACUUGAGUUGCAAAAAUCUUUAGCUUUGUGGUUGAGUCACCUGGUCGUCACUUGCUGUGUCCAGUAAUCUUUGAUCCAACCCAGACCUUCCUUUGUGGAGCCUUAAGUGAAGAGUGAUGAUGAUUAUGCUUGUUUUUUUCCUCAACCUGUUCUCUUUAUCACAAUUAUUUUUUUUUAUAGUAUUAAUUAAUUAGAAAGCUCACUGACCUAGUGGCUUGUAUUCACAGCCAAUGUAUCCCAGGUAGCCAUAGUUUUCCAGUGUGUUGAACAGGUAGUUGUAGUUGAGCUCUCCUGCACUGUCAGGCUCGUUCCUGCCGGGAACCUGAGCAAUCUGUAUAUGACCUGUGAAACACAACCACACCUCUUUGACUGCUGCAUCAUGCAUUUUUCAUCUGUAUUACCUCCAGAGGCAUGUAGAUUUUUCCUUUUUUUUUUUUAUCUUACCAAUUAUAGGGAAAUACUUUUUGAUGUUCUGUGUCAGGUUACCAUCCAUUAUUUGCCAGUGAAAGAUAUCCUGAAACAGUUCAGUUAAGUCAACAUUUGUUAAGUCAAGCCAUUCCUUGUGUUUUGUUAUUUUUAUUCAACUUAUAUCACAUUUUCAGAGCACCCACCAUUUGCAGCUUGAUGUUUGGCUUUCCAACUUUACCCAGUAUAACAGCCGCUACAGACACAAACAUGAGAAUCAGCUGAGACAUGACUGGCAGUCAGCCAGACAUGUACCGCUGACAGAUUAGACGGACAAAGUAAGAUACUGGUGUACUCAAACUGUACAGCAUAAACUGAGCACACUAAUAUAAUCUGAGUAAUUUCUAUUUACAACAGUAUUUGCCAUGUACGUCCAUCAAAGGACUAACACAAACUUUAAUUGUUGCUAAAAUUACUUCAAUGUUAUAAUGCCCAACUACUGCCUCACAUUCAGUCUAAGAUUAACAGUAAAUUAAUUAAAAAAUAUACUUUUCUUAGCAAACUAACAAUUUUAUUGAUUGCUUGGACCCACAACUUCAUAUAAAAUAUGGCAUGUAAUUUAGCUUUUUAGAGUUUCUGUAAAAGAACAUACCUGUAAAACUAAUUUGAAACGUCCACUAAAAUGUUCUAUCUAAUAAAGCUUCCAGGGGCAAAGAACAAACCAAAUACGGAAACUAAGCCUGUUUAACAGGUCUGCCUUGGACCGGCUCUUGGGGGACACGUGGAACAUCUCUUUCCUCUUCAUCCCAUAUCUCACUAAUACAUAUUACUGACUUGGCUUCUUACUUGGAGUCCUGUUGCUUUACUGUUGCAGAUACAGGAUCACAGCUGCUGCCAUAUUGUGGAUCGCCAUGGCAUCUAAUGGUGGAUUAUGAUUAUAUCUAGAUUGCUUAGAUGCACAAUAUGUCUGCACACUUAUACUAAUAUCACUGGCAAUACUGCUAUGAUUACAAUUGGCAUUGCUCAUUCUUUCAUCUCUGUCUGACAUUUUCUGUUGGAUAAAUACUUUAAAUAUUGAUACACCUCUCCAUCAAUGGUAGACACUGUGGUAGUUUUUCCUCACCCUGGUCGAGGGUUAUGGGUAUUGUUGGGGUUUAUUCCAAAACAGGUCCCAAUACAGGUGCAAUCAAUAUUUUGAAAAUGAUGACAGUGCCUAAACGGUGCCUGAGCUUUUUCUUAAAAAAGACACAAAAUGACAGCUUUUUUAUAGCGAAAGCAAAUUGGAAUUUCAAAUCUUACAUACUGUUAACUGUUUAAAGUAUACUUAACUUAAAAAAUACAAACAUAAAUAAGUGCAAAACUCUUGACAAAUUUAUAUAAUAAAAUUGCCCUAUUAAGAAAACCUAAACCAACUACGAUAAUUUAACACUAAAUAAUCGUUUCAGUGCUUUCUACAGCAAAAUGACUCCAGCUCCAGACUUCAUCAACUGUCUCCCCACUACUGGGACAAGAGAUGUACGUAAACAGUCAAACACGGAGCAUCCCCUUGUUUCCAAAUGUAUCCUGUGCGUUGCCAGGUGCUUUAUUAAGUUUGUCGUGUUCUUCCCUCCCUCCUUCUUCCUAACCCACUUCCAACUCUAAGCUCCCUGCUCUUGCUCAGACAUUUGCUGCACGUCCCGUUGUUUGAACCCUUUCACAUGAAACACAGCUGUACUUUCGACCGGUAAGCUUUUAUGAAUGUUGUAGUGUCGCCUCAAGUUUGAGGUCGCUAUUCACAAACUGUAAACUAACUUUUCGUGCUGCCAGAGUCAUAUAGAGAGUGGGUUUCUACCAGGGUUAAGUGUAAUGUUAACUUAGCAUACUGUAUACGUUCAUGUUUAUGUUGUGAACAAGGGCCAUAGAGGAAUCUACUCAAAUCCAGCUUUACUAAACCAAAGAUAUUUUUGUCUUAACACAAAAACAUUUUAUUUUCUAACAGCAUCAGAGAUGUUAUAUUAGGCAAAUAAAGACAUUUGCCUGUUAACAACAGCAUUAACAA